UAUUAUCUCUUUCUUGUUUUAGAAAUGUUCACUUCCCUCUUUAAUGCAAAUUCGUGUGAUUUUUUUCUUUCAAAAUUCAUGGAUAAGUAUGAAUUUCGAGUGCUCUAUUUUCUACAAAAUAUAAGGACAUAUAUAUAAUAAAAUAAAAACAAAGAAACAUAGUAAAAAUGUUUCAAUGAGUAUUCUCUUAAAUAAUAUUGAACAAUUCUAACGGCUGCCAUUGGUUCAUCCUCAAAGCUAAAGUCACGUUGUUUUCAACUAAUUGUUGCAAAAAAAAAAAUGAAAUUCUUUUGAAUAGAAAAGAAAAUAAAGAAGGCAAAUAAUGAAAGGAUCAAUUUGUUGGACUUUUAAAAGUUAGAGGAAUAAAAUAGCAUUAAGUCAAAAACUAAUAUAAAGAUAACUUAACACUAUUACUAACAAAGUUAAAUUGAAAUGACGGAAAGAUCCAAUUUGUUGGAUAAUAAAACUUACAAGACUAAAAUGAAAUAGAAAAAAGUUAGAUGACUUAAUCAUUAAAAAAAAUUAAUAAAGGAAAGAACCUAGGUUCUAGUCCCUUCUCUACCAUUUACUCAAAAAAAAUCAUUAAAAAAAGAGUCGAAGAAUUAAAGUAGUAAAUUGACUCAAAAAAGUUUUGAAAUUUGAAGCCUAAGAUUCCUCAAAGCAAUGUAACUUUUUCUUUUUCUAGUGACAGAAAAAGAAAAGAAGCAUAAAAAGAAAGUCACUAAUUCAUUCAUAUAUGGGACCAACUUGGAAAGUAGUUUGUAAGUAGUGUUUUCUUGAGUUCUUAAUACUAUGCUUUCCUAUCUAGAAUGAUCCUAAAAGAAUGAAUCUACUACAGAAAUAUUAAAAUAACUUAGCAAACAUUCUUUGCAUUGACAGAAAAAAAGAAAGAUCAUGAAGACAUUCAAGAUACUCCAUAUGCAUCUUCUUCAUUCUUUACUCUUAUUCAAUAUCAUAUUAUGUUCUUCUAUACCCCAGCAUAAUCAUGCAAACUUCUGUGGGAAUAUCAAAACUCAAACACCUUUCUUGGAUUCCAAUUCUUCUAUGUUAGACAACAUCACCUUGUGCAUAUCUCAGAAUCUCUACUUGAGAACAUCCCUUGGCCUUUUUCAUGUUUCAUCACUUGACAACAAUGGUAGAUUACUAACCAUCACUCACUCUUCUUGUUCUUCUCUCCAAUAUGUUUCUCCUCUGGCUGUCACAUCUGGUUUCCCUUCUCCUCCAGAACCUAACUCCCUUGUUCUCUUCAACUGCUCAAGCAGAAGAGACACCACUUUACCAAUCAUGCAAAAUUGUAGUGACCUGUACAAAUGUGGAGGUGCUGGUUCACCACCUUCUAGGCCUCAAGAGCACCUGGAACAUCCUUAUUCAUGUUUUUUUGUUGAAGAUUUGCAAAAGGUGGAUAAGGAUUUUCACCCUGAACAUCUGAAUUGUUCUCAUUACAGCUGGGUGCAUAGAAGUACUUCAGAUGGUGGACAUGAUCAGGGAUAUAAGGUGGGAACAAGGUUAUCUGUCGACAUUCCACGUGUACCAGAAAUUUGUCAAGGGUGUGAAAAGCCUAAUGGAAACUGUGGUGCUGGGUUGAAUUGCUUAUGCCACCCUAAAGAGUGCAAAGACAAGGUCAUCUCCAAGGCUGGGAUAAAAUCUACUGCUAGUGCUUUUUUCUCUAUGCUUUCUUUGAUUGGUUCAGUUACUGUAGCCUACUAGCCUUCUUCAUGCAUGUCUAAGUAUGUUUAGCUUAAGGGUUGCAUUGUUAGGUAAGACUUAAGAGUAUUUGGUGGUUUUACAUAUGCCACUUGCUAUAUGCCUCUAAUAUGUUUAAGUAUAAUCUUUGCAUCUCAUCUGUUAAUUGUAACUGCCACAAAGUAGUGAUUGAUCUUGGUUAGUCCUGCCAAAAAUGGAUUGUAACAAGAGUAUUAUGAACCAUGUAUUCAGCUAAAGAAUUUCAAAGUAAGCUCAGAUUGAAAUUUCGAUAGGAAUGGAAUCAGAAAUGAUAAGUAAAGUUUCUGUCA